AUGGUGGUGGAGGACAUGAAGGUGGGGGAAGGAAAGACUGCAGAGUCGCAGGACACGGUAACGAUGAAGUACGUGGGGAGGUUGGAGGACGGGACACAGUUUGACGCGUCGAGCCGGUUCAAGUUCACGAUCGAUGCCGGGGAAGUGAUCAAGGGAUGGGACCGAGGCGUGAAGGGCAUGAAGAAAGGGGGCAAACGCAAGCUCACCAUCCCUCCAAAGUUGGGUUACGGCAAACGAGGAUCGCCUCCUGAGAUCCCUCCUAACAGCACUCUCAUCUUUGAAGUAGAACUUCUCAGCAUCUCCUGA